AUGCAAUCGCAGCAAGCGUUGUUCCGAACGAGCGGGCCCGAAGGCAGCACCAGCACCAGCACCAGCCCGCAGCCGCCGCGAGAGCCUCUACAGCAGCAGCAGCCCAGGCCUCCUAUCUUUCGCAUUCCCGAUCCUCCCAUCCAUCGUGCCAGCAGCGGUAGUGGCAGUGGCACCGGUAGUGCCAACGCUGGCUCAUCGUCAUCGAACAAGUCAGGAGCUUUUCAACCGACAACUCCCCACCACGGCGGCCUCGGUCCGUCGUCGUAUACGCCUUCGCCCGGUGUCUCACCUGCGCCAGCGCUCCAGCAGCUCAAUCAAGCCCCAGGCCAGCGGAGACAAUUCACCGCCGGCCAACGCAGCUACGCGGAUCCCCAAGCUAGUCGCUACAAUCACUCUUCCGCUGCCAUGAUGGAUCUCGACGAAUCGCUUCGGGCGCUCUACUUUGCUCCUCUGCCUCUCGUCGUGCUCGACAGCAAUCGCAACAUCAAGAUGAUCAACCGGCCUGCCGAGUUGGUGCUGGGUGUGGGCAGCGUCUCGGCUGCAGGUCAUCGGCUCGACCGCUACGUUGCAAUGUCAUCACGAGAACAGUACUUGUUGGCCCUCGGCGAGGCGACGCAGUCGGCCGCCCAAAAGUCGGGCAUGGGGGUGCCGGUCGGCACUCGGCUCGGCCUCAAGUCAAACGAAAAUGAUUCCGGAACGCUGAUCGCAGACCUUUCCAUCUCUGCGUGGUUCUCCACAGAGCAGCUCUUCACUUCCGGAGACGGCGAUGGCCAAAGUGGCCAGAGAGACAAAUCGAUGGUCGAUGCCAGUCCAUCGUCGGGCGCUACCUCACCCAUGUCGUCUCCGAUGAACGAUCGACGCGACAGCGGAAGCAUAAGCAGCAGCAUCAGUCAGCAUCAGCGCCAAAAUUCAACCGUACCCCUGCUUCACGAGGCCUACUUUACCAUCUCCAUUGCACCGGUGCAGAGCGCUCGGCGGGCGAGUCCGACCGACGGCCUUACCGAAUUGCUCAAGGAAAGCAGCUUCCACUCCGUCGACGCAGCCCUUCUGGCCCUCAGCAAAGACGGUACAAACAUCAUACGGAACAAGGCCUGCGAAGAUGUCCUGUCAAGAUUCGCGCGCGUAGAACCCAAAAAGGAGGCCAAGCAGCCCAAGCCCGGUCAAGAGGAUUUUGACGAGGGGGAGUCAAGCAUUGAUCUCAGCUGGAUCAACGACGCGAUGUCUUGCUUUGAUGAGAAUUUCCAACAGCCUCUUCCCGAAACAGAAUUUCCCAUCUACCGGGCUGCCGUGUUGGGCCAGAUUGUCAAACCUCUCCGCAUCGGCGUCAUUGGGCGAGAUACUGGCGAGCGGUUCAUUUUGCAAGUCGAGGCUAAGCCAAUGCGCGACAACCAAGGCUACGGCGAGCACAUUGGCGGAAUUGCCACCAUUCGAGACGUGACGACGGAGCGCAGGGAGAGACAGGCUGAAGUGGCCGAGCAGUCUGACAUCUUCUUCAGGCAGACCUGCGACGCUAUGCCCCAACUCGUCUGGGUCACCUCGCCCACAGGCUACCACGAGUGGUACAGCAAGGCGUGGUACGACUACACGGGCUCGACGCCGGAAUCCUCGCACGGAGUCGGCUGGGCUGGCCAUUUCCACGAGGAAGACAUGCCCGAGGCGUCAAAGCGAUGGAGCCACUCGCUGCGCACAGGCGACCUGUACGAGGUUGCCUACCGGUGCCGACGCUACGAUGGCGCCUGGCGCUGGCACCUCGGUAGAGCACUCCCGAUGCGUGACGCCGAGGGAAAGAUUGCGAAGUGGUUUGGCACCUGUACCGACAUCCAUGACCAGGUUGAGGCGCUGGCAGCAAGCCGGCAGGCCCAGUCACAGCUCGAGAGUGUCAUCAAUCACGCCGCCAUGACGCUGUGGGCAGUGGAUCGCGAGGGCACGAUCACAGUGGCUGAGGGUCCUGGUGUGCGGCAGCUAAAGCUCAUGGGCCCAGGGACGCCGGCAGGAUCCGAAAAGGAGACGAGCUUCGCUGCGGGCAUGGGUCUCCGAGGCGGCGACGACCGGGAGCGAGGAGGCUCCGAAAGUGGAUUCGGGGGCCGAAACAGCAACAGCAACAGCAACAGUAACAGUAACAGCAACAGCCGCAAGAGCAUGAUUGGUCGCUCCAUCUACCAGGUCUGGGACCUGAACACCGACAUUCGCAUCUCGAUGCAAAAGGCCCUCGACGGCGAGACUGUCGUCGAAGAGAUGGAGGUCGACGGAAGAUGGUUCCGAACCUCGUACACGCCCCUGCGAAGCCAUGUUCCCGAUUUCCUGAAUGACAGUGAUGCAAAGGCCGUCGAGGAGGGCGACAUCAUCGGUGUCGUGGGCGCCUCCUUGGACAUCACCGAGCGCAAACGAGCACAGGAGCAGAUGGAGCAGUCGCUCCUCGAAAAGACGAGGGCGUUGGCGGCCGAGGGUGCGGCCCGGGAAGCCAGCCGGCUCAAGUCGGAGUUCCUCGCAAACAUGUCGCACGAAAUCAGGACGCCCAUUGCUGGUGUUAUUGGGCUCUCGGAGCUCCUCCUGGACGAGCGGGGCCUGACACCGCAGCAGCGAGAUUAUGCAGAGACUAUCCAGCGGUCGGCAGAGGGCCUCCUGACCGUCAUCAAUGAUGUUCUUGACUUUUCGAAGGUCGAGAUCGGCAAGCUCGAUGUGGAGCGGGCUCCAUUCAAUCUCGAGGUUCUGCUCCGAGACGCCAAGAGGAUGCUGAGCUUUGCGACGCAGAAGAAGGGCCUCGACUUCCGCGACUCGGUGGAUCUCAAGUUCAAGGGCCAGCUCAUCGGUGAUGCGGGUCGCCUUCGACAGGUCAUCACCAACCUACUUACCAAUGCCAUCAAGUUCACGGCUCUAGGCUACAUCAGCCUUGAGGUGCUGGAGCUCCAAGAGACACCAGAGACGCUCGCUGUUCGUUUCGACGUGCGCGAUACCGGCUGCGGCAUCAGCCCCGACACGCUUGCUCGCCUCUUCCAGCCCUUCUCGCAGGCCGAUCCAUCGACGGCCAGACGUUUUGGGGGUACAGGUCUGGGCUUGAGCAUCUCCAAGAAUCUCGUCGAGCUCAUGAAUGGUCAAAUCGGUCUCGACUCCGUCGAAGGCCAGGGCUCGCAUGCCUGGUUCAUCAUUCCCUUUACCAAGGCGGCAAAGACGGGACAAUGGCAAGCGUCGGGCGCUUCCUUGGCCGACUCAGCUGUGGUGGGAGGCGGCAUGCCGAAUACAGAAUCUACAACGCUGGCAAGGCCGCGAAAGGACAUUUGGAUCCUGGUGGCCGAGGACAACAUCGUGAAUGCGCAAAUUGCGUCGAAGAAUCUCAAGAGGAUGGGAUUCAGCUGCCGGACCGCCGAGAAUGGUCUCAUUGCCCUUGACGAGCUGCACAAGCACCCGUAUGACGCUGUCUUGAUGGACUGUCAAAUGCCAGAAUGCGACGGGUACGAGGCAACGAGAAGGAUCAGGAAGUCGCUCAAUCCAGACAUUCGUAUUUUGCCUGUCAUUGCACUGACGGCUUCUGCAAUCAAGGGCGACCGGGAACGAGCGUUAGAUGCCGGCAUGGUCGAUUACCUGGCCAAGCCAGUCAAGAGACCGGCAUUGGAGGCCACACUACAGAGUCUUGGCAAGUUCUUCGCUGCACCCACGGCGACACCCCUCAAUGCACCGGCGCUCUAUGGUGCCAGGACCUGGAGCACCCCGCCUUUGGCAUCGCACAGCUCGGUAGGGACGUCGACAGCAACGGCCAAAGAGUAUCCCUUCCCACAGCUAAGCAAUGCUGAAGGAAUCUCGCCAGGGGCUGUUACUCAAACAUUUAGCAGUGUCCAGCAGCCUCAGCUCGGCGUCGCUCCACCGGUAUCAAGCUCGGAUUCUGGCGUGCCGGACCCUCCGGCGUCCCUCUCGUCGCCUUCAUCGGAAACGCAGAAGCCCAAUGUGCCGGAUUCCAGCGGUCUUGGCAAGGCCAUUGCCUGGCCGCCGUCGCAGGAGUCCAUAUCUAAGCUUCGAAGAGGUACGAACAGCGAUGCACUGGGCGCAGCCGCGGCGCUCCUCGCGACGCGCCGGUCCUCUGCAGAGGAGAUUGCGAGGAAUAUUCGACCGUCAAUCAACCCCAGAAGCAAAUCGCACGGCUACCAUGUUCACUAUACGGACGAUACAAAGGGUGUACUGAGCAGUGCCGAGGGUAGCUCGUCGUCGACUGCGACCAUGUCGUCAGUGCAGUCGGUGGGAGCGGCAGGCGGAGAAGCUGGUGGACCGCCCCCAAUCAUGAGGAGGAGUAGCAGGGAGCAGGGGGGCAUGGGCAGGGAUCUCGAUGGGGAGCUGCUGAACGCAACGCUCUCAGAGCCGAGUCUACACGCCGCACUCGCAGACGAUGCAGAAGAUUCGAGAGCCGGGCAGGCGGUAGACGCAGAGACACAGGCAGGCAAGGACGAGGACGUGGUCCUGUCGCCGCCUUCUUGA